AUGCCGGCUGAUCAGACGGUGCUCAAGGCUUUUCAGCGCUUUGACAAAGAUGGGUCUGGAUCCAUCACGCGGGACGAGCUCAGUCAGGUGCUGCGGGGGCUGAAGAGCUCCGAGUGGGAUGAUGACUCCAUUGACCAGUUGCUGGCAGCUGCGGAUUCCAGUGGUGACGGGCAAUUGCAGGUGGAGGAGUUCGUGAAAUGGAUCUUUGCUGAAGAACAGACCAUCUCGGCUGGUGCCACGGGCAAAUUCAAGUUGCGGGUGUCGGGCUGCUCCAGACCAGAGCUUGACGGCGACUAUGUACAACAGAAGGAGUUCUACUACCGCAGGCCAAUAUUCCAUUGUCGUGAGAAUGAGCGCUAUCUGUUUUACCACGGCAAAAGGCAGCAGUGGCAGAUCUUUUCCAGAACUGGAACUGUUGCUUCAGCCCGCUUGAAGACCUUGCGGGCGGCUCACAUGCCGGGAGAUGGAGUAAAGUGGGCGGUUUGGAAAGCAAGCAAGAAGAGUCACAAGAAGAGCUUCAUUCAAGAGUCUCGUAUGAAAUGCACCGCAGAGGCGAGCAUGACAGCAGAAGAAGAAUUUGCCAAAGCUGCCGAUGCAAUCAAGUUUGAUGAGAUCUUCUUCAAAAAAACCGAGCAGACGUUGGGCAAGCGACCUGUAUACAAACAAUGGAAAGGAGAUGACUGGGCCGAGCGUUUCCUUUUCUACGAAGGGCCAAAGAGUAUGUGGAAGGUUGGGAACUCAGCGGACUUGGGGAGGCCCUCCUUGUAUACAUCAAGAACCACAGAUGUGUUUUCUCCAGAUCUAGCCCUUUGGAUGGAUGAGGCUAAUGGUGGGAAGAUUGCCGUGUUGGCAGUGGACACGGAUGGAGUCCCCAACGGCAUGCACGGUGGCUUGAAGAUCAAUAGAUCCAUCAAAGAUGGGUGGAAAGAUCCAGCCUUCCCCCACAACAAUGACUCAGUUGGUGCGAAGGCAGCCAGCAAAUGCAAAUACAGUCGAUGGCUUAGAGCCAUGGCGCUACAUCCUGCUCCCGCGCUUUUUGCAGAUGUAGAGCCUGCAGAUGCAUGCCAAGGAACUGUUGGCAACUGUUGGCUUGUAGCAGCAAUGUCCGCCUUGGCGGAAUUCCCAUCCUACAUCCAGAACAAUCUCUUUGUGACCAAGAAGGUUUCCAGAGGCGGCAAGUACCAAGUGAAGCUGUAUGAUGGCCGCACCAAGCGGUGGGAAAUCAUCGAGGUGGAUGACUACUUGCCAUGCACACCUUGGGGUGGAGACGAGCCGGACCUACUCUUUGGAACCAUCAAAGAUGGAAAGAUGUGUAUGGCGCUACUUGAAAAAGCUUUCGCCAAGAUGUAUGGAAGCUGGUCUGCCCUCACAGGUGGCUAUCAAGCCGUAGCUUGGUUUCACAUGACCAGCUGCACAGAAUUUAUGUGCUACAGUGCAUCCUACCGUGGAUCAGCACCGAAGUGGGUGGUCACUGAAAGUAGCGGAAUUCCGGUUUUUGGCGGGCAUUCCAAAGACAAAGCCAAGAAGAAAAUCGGCCAGCUUGGAGAAGGUGCUCACUUUGUGGAGAAGCAGAGGACGAUUGGACCCUGGAUGGAAUUCAAGAAGCUUGACGGUGAAGGAGCUGCAUCUGGAUGGAUGCGAUACUACGGGAAUGGCCGGCGCCUGGCAACUCGGACCGCUGCAAAUGAGCUACGCAUCAUGCUCAUCAACGCUGCGGUGGUGCCAGAGGAGGCGAUGGGAGCCAUUUGCUCUGGAGGGGACAAGACGCGGACAAAAAAAGCCUUCAAGUACAAGUUUAAGAAGUAUGUCGAGAUCGAGGACAUGUGGCAACUUCUCAUGGAAUACGACAAAGGCAACUAUCUUAUGGCAUCAUCAGCCUCCAAAUCCAGAAUUGAAAGAGAUUCUGGGAUGGUCCAUGGUCAUGCCUACAGUGUUUUGCACGUUGUCGAGAUCGAUGGUCUGAGGCUGGUUUGCUGCAGAAACCCGUGGGGCAAUGAAUCCGAAUGGAAUGGACCUUGGAGUGACCGAAGCUCCGAAUGGAAGGCGAACCCUAAAAUUGCCGAAGCAUUGAACGUGGAUUUCCAAACCGAAGGAACUUUCUGGAUGGACUUUGAGGAUUGGCUCUAUGUCAUGGGACAGCUCAAGGUGAUGAAUUGCCAGAUGCCAUCAAGAAGAGGAGACUUUCACAAUCAGAUCGUAGAAGAGGAUGAAGACGAGCAGGAGGAAGACGUGCAGGAUGUAGAGGAAGAGGACCAGGAAGAAGGAGGAACGCCAGUGACAGGUUGCUCGGGCUUGAGCAUUGGUUGGCACCCAGCACGUACUAUGGAAGAGGGUAUGCUCUUGUACCCAGAGAAAGACUAUACGUUCAAGAACAUUCCUGAUGGGCUUCUAGGUGGCACGUACAUUGGCAGCAAAUGCUGGCCAAAAGCAGGCACGUGGACCAUUGAAUACAAAGCUCCAGCCAUGCUGUACGUGUGGGCAACUCAGGGACAGUUCAAUGGUGGAGUAGAUGAAGCGCUCAAUGCUGAUGGUUGGACAGCAGAAGCUGCAGAAGGCUUCUGUGGAGGUGCCCUUUCUUUGAAUUUGUGGAGUAAGCAGUUCACGACAGGCUCCUCCUACAGCAUUGAGAUUACAGCGGACACCAUGAUCGGCGGUGUGGUUGGCACAGCUCGCUGCGCCCCAUGCGUGCCGGUCGCACCUCCAGAAUCAAGUGCAGCGGUGACUGGUUGCUCAGGCUGUGGCGUGGACUGGCGACCUGCACUGGUUCUGGAAGAGGGCGUUCUUUUGUAUCCGGAAAAAGCCUACAAAUUUCAGAACGUUCCUGACCAACUCCUCGGUGGCGCAUACAUUGGCAGCCACCUUUGGCCAACAGCAGGGACAUGGACCAUAGAAUAUCAAGCUCCAGCCAAGCUAUACGUGUGGGUCGCAAAGGGUGAGUACAACGGUGGAGUAGAUGAAGCGCUGUGUGCCAACGGUUGGGCUGCUGAAGCUGCAGAGGGCUUCUCGGGUGGUGGGCUUGAUUUGAAUUUGUGGAGCAGGCACUUCACAACGGGAUCCGCCUACAAGAUUCAGACCAACGGUCUCAUGUGUGGUGGUGUGGUGGGUAAACCACUGGAGUGCAGUGGAAGAGUCACGGCUUGCUCAGGUCUGCGUGUUGGAUGGAACCCGCCAAGAGGAAUGGCGGAGGGCAUUCUCAUUUACACUGACAAAGACUACACUUUCCAAGAAGUGCCAGCUUGUUUGGCCAGUGGUUCAUACAUUGGCAGCCAGGGGUGGCCCUCAGCAGGCACGUGGACCAUUGAGUAUGAGCCUCCCACCACCCUAUAUGUGUGGGCUCAGCAAGGCACGUACAAUGCAGGAGUUGACGAGGCACUCAAAGCCGAUGGUUGGGUUUCAGAAGAUGCAGCCGAUUUCUCGAAUGUCGCGCUUGGUUUGGAUGGAUUUGGUAGUGGACUUCCGCUGAAUUUGUGGAGCAGACACUUUGCGACCGGUUCCUCCUACAGCAUUCGCACCAACGAUCUCAUGAUAGGCGGCGUGAUCUCGGAAUGCAGCGAUGUUUGA